AUAUAUUUCAUAAAUUUUUUUACUACAAAUCUCGUAAAUCUAUCUUGAACAAUCAAAUGCUGUGAAUAUGAGGUUGGAUUUAAACAUUUUUAUGUUACGUUUUUUUAAAUAUGAAGAUUGUAAGGCGUGUUCAAUUGCUCAAUUGACUCAAUCACGGUGAUGAGAAUUGAAGGGGAAAAGGGUAUCUUGUUUAUGGAGUGUUAAUGGACAUCCUUUUUGUUCUGCUUUCAAUUCUGUGGGUCUACUGAGGUCAGAGAGUUGUGAGACCUCUAUCUUUUGCUUAGUACUUAACGUUUUCAUGAUGUUGGGUCUCCCUCUCACUCUCUCUAUAUAGGUAGACAAAGACAGAAAGAGCUAUUGAAGGAGAAGAGAAGUAGCAGUAGAUCUGAAAUUUUCUUUGUGUUUGUGUUUGUGUGCAGGUGCUAUGUGUGGAGGUUGUUCUAUUAGGUUGCUCAAUUAUUAGGCUCUCCUACAUUUAUUUUAUUCAAGAGCAAUCCACUCUUUGUGCCUUUUGAAUUGGGUUGAAUAUACAUGUAGGGGUGGAGGUUUCAAACAAUGUCAAAGGCAAGUAGUUAUAACACCAAUUCUAGUUGGCAUUUGUGUGACAUGGACCAGUGCAUGGUGCGGAUGUCUUUGAAGCUCCAUAAUUUUGGUAGGAGGUUCUAUGGCUGUAGACAUUGGAAGCCUGAUAGUGACCAACAUUGUAAGUCCUUUAAGUGGUUGGAUGGCAACACAUGUAGGCGUGGUGCUGAAACAACACCAAUUGUAAUAGCAAAAUUUACUAGGCUAGAGGCCGAGGCAGCUAUAGCAAAAAAUAAUGAGACCGAUGCCCAUGCAAUGUUAACGGAAGCACUUCAGAGGGAAAGAGCAGCGAAACGUAUUGUUGAAAAAGCAAGGGUUGCACAGCGUAUGGUCAAUGACCGAGCCCAUAAGUACAAGACUACUUUAGUUAUCUCAUGGCUGAUCUUUGCCAUAUUGUUGGUAUUUUUACGUAUGUCUAGUGAGUUUGGAUUACGGCAAAUGUGUCUGCCAUGCAUGAAUCUGAAUGUGUACAUGGGCCGCAUAAUGUAAUAUUAUUAAUGUUUUAGACAUGGAAAUGUAUUGUACGUGUUGGACCAACAAAUGUAUUGCAGGUGUUGGUCCCAACAAUGUAUUGUAGCAAUGUAGGUACUUUCAUUUUGACGAAACGGUUGUAUGUGUUGAACUCUCAGUGGGAAUGUUUUGUCAACAACUUAUAUAUACUAUCAUUAUUUUGUAAAA